UAAAAUAAUUAAUUUUCUUUAACCCAUACAACUGGAAAAAAUAUCGUUCUUGUGUUUGCUUGAAAUGUGUGGGUGGGUGCUUUAUGCUUACAUGGCCAGUCGAGGGAACAAGAGACCCAUCUUGAUCGAUCCCGGCGGUACAGUAUGAGCGAUUUAAAAACACUAAAAGACAAAAAGGACUCUGCAAGACUCCAGCACAACGACAUAAACUACAAUGGAUUAUUCAACCAAUGACAACAAAUCAAUCAGCAAGAAGAAAGUGGUGGCUGUGGUGGGAGGUGGUUUGGUCGGCGCCUUGAAUGCCUGCUACUUUGCAAAAAGAGGUUUCCAAGUAGAGGUCUUUGAAUCUCGAGAAGAUAUCCGCCAAGCCAAAAUAGUAAAGGGAAGAAGCAUCAAUCUAGCUCUGUCUCAUAGGGGUCGCCAGGCUUUGAAGCAAGUGGGAAUGGAAGACACGAUUGUCUCCAAAGGAAUUCCCAUGCAUUCCAGAAUGAUCCACUCUUUGAACGGGACACAGUCUCCCAUUCCUUAUGGCAAGAAAGGCCAGUACAUCCUGUCUGUCGACAGAGCCAACCUCAACAAAGAACUGUUGUCAGCAGCAGAGACGUAUCCCAACACAAAUCUGAACUUUGCCCACAAACUACUCGACUGGAGCACUGAAACAGGGGCGAUGACCUUUGUCAGGGCUGAAGGUGCGAAGGAAGAGAUCCAGGCAGACUUGAUUGUGGGAUGUGACGGAGCGUUCUCUGCCAUCCGGAAACAGUUCCUCCGUCAGAGCCGUUUCAACUACAGUCAGACCUACAUCCCCCAUGGGUACCUGGAGCUCACCAUGCCCCCCAUCAAUGGAGAGUUUGCCAUGAAGCCUAAUUAUCUGCACAUAUGGCCACGCAACACAUUCAUGAUGAUUGCUCUGCCCAACUUGGACAAGACUUUCACCUGCACACUCUUCAUGCCAUUUGAGGAGUUUGAGAAAGUUACCACGGGCGACCAGGUCAUCAAGUUUUUCCAGAAAUACUUUCCCGAUGCCAUCCCACUAAUAGGAGCGGAGGCUCUUAAGAGGGAUUAUUUCCAUCUGCCAGCCCAGGCCAUGGUGUCCGUGAAGUGCUCCCCAUAUCACUUUGGUGACAAGUGCGUCCUUAUGGGCGAUGCAGCCCACGCCGUGGUGCCAUUCUAUGGUCAGGGGAUGAACGCAGGCUUUGAAGACUGCCUUGUUUUCAACGAAAUCAUGGACCAGCUCAACGAAGACUUCAGUGCUGUUCUGCCUGAGUACACCAGAGUCCGAGUCCCAGACGACCACGCUAUUGCAGACCUGGCCAUGUACAACUACGUCGAAAUGCGGGCACACGUCAAUUCCAAAUGGUUCCUGUUCCGAAAAUACGUUGACAAUUUCCUUCACAUUAUCAUGCCAAGGACAAUAAUUCCCUUAUACACAAUGGUUACAUUUACCAGGACAAGGUACCAUAAGGCGGUAAAACGCUGGCACUGGCAAGACAAAGUGAUCAACCAAGGCCUGUUGUUCUGCGCUGCAGUGACUGUCGCGGGUGGCUCCUACCUGCUAGUCAGAUACUCCCCUAACAUGCCAAACAUCCCCACCGAGCAGCUGUGGUCCAGGCUGCAGGCCCUCAAGAGUCCCUUCUGAGGGGUUGUGGGUCAUACCACUCCAACCCAGAUAGAGGGGUGGAAACUGAGCUACAAACAGCAGAGAUCAAAUCAACUGAUCUCAAAACAGAUGGGAAAAAGACAAGUGUUCUGCGACCCAAUUACCAAUGAGAUUUUGAUCAUGUACUCAAUAAAGAUUUAAUUUACUGUAAUUGAAGGCCUGUGGGGCACAUUGUGUUAAUGUAUACUGAACAAAAAUAUGUAAAGUGUUGGUCCCAUGUUUCAUGAGCUGAAAUAAAAGAGCACAGAAAUGUUC